AUGACGUUGUUCCUUCUUUACGACACACGCGCCAAGGCUUCGCCUACCCGUUUCAAGAUGGCUGCGCUCGUGGGGGUUCGUGCGUGCCUGUCCGCUCUCCAUCUGUCUUCUCCUGGUUUACUGCACGGCUCUUACAAGCUGUGUGCAGUACCCCUCACACGGAGGAAUUUCGCAUCCGAAGCGAAGAAGGUUUUCUCCCGCGAUAAACCGCACGUCAACAUCGGCACCAUCGGUCACGUGGACCACGGAAAGACCACACUCACCGCUGCCAUCACCAAAGUGUUGGCUGAGGCUGGCGGAGCGUGCUAUAAGAAGUAUGAGGACAUCGAUAACGCUCCUGAAGAGAAAGCCAGAGGCAUCACCAUCAACGCCUCCCACGUGGAGUACACCACCUCCAACCGCCACUACGCACACACCGACUGCCCCGGACACGCAGACUACGUCAAGAACAUGAUCACGGGCACGGCUCAACUGGACGGCUGCAUCCUGGUGGUGGCGGCAACGGACGGACAGAUGCCCCAGACGCGGGAGCACCUCCUGCUGGCCCGGCAGAUCGGCGUGGAGCACGUGGUGGUGUUCGUGAACAAGGCGGAUGCGGUGGAGGACAAGGAGAUGUUGGAGCUGGUGGAGCUGGAGAUCCGGGAGCUGCUCAGCGAGUUCGGCUACAACUCGGAGACCACACCCGUGGUCGUCGGUUCCGCCCUCUGCGCUCUGGAGAACAGGCAGCCAGACCUGGGGGUGGAUGCCAUUCUGAAUCUGCUGCAGGUUGUGGAUGAGUACAUUCCUCUGCCGAAGAGGGAGUUGGAGAAACCUUUCCUGCUGCCUGUAGAGGGCGUGCACUCCAUCCCAGGUCGUGGCACUGUAGUCACGGGCACUCUGGAGAGAGGGACAGUAAAGAAGGGAGAUGAGUGCGAGUUUGUUGGACACAAUCGCUCUUUCAAAUCGGUGGUCACAGGAGUUGAGAUGUUCCACCAGUCUCUGGAGCGAGCCGAAGCGGGUGAUAACCUGGGCGCUCUGGUCCGAGGUCUGAAGAGGGAGGACUUGAGGAGAGGUAUGGUCAUGUGUAAACCCGGAUCCAUCCAGCCACACCAGAAGGUCAAGACGCAGGUGUAUAUACUGAGUAAGGAAGAGGGAGGCAGACACAAGCCCUUUGUCACCAACUUCAUGCCUGUCAUGUUCUCGCUCACCUGGGACAUGGUCUGCAGAGUCCAGCUGCCCGAGAACAAGGAGAUGGUCAUGCCCGGGGAGGACACGUCUCUGACCCUGACCCUAAGGCAGCCCAUGGUUCUGGAGAAUGGUCAGAGGUUCACACUGAGGGACGGCAACAGAACCAUCGGUACCGGGCUGGUCACCGAGAUCAUGCCCACCACCCAGGAUGACCUGCACAACUGGGGCUGAGCCAGCCAGAGAUGGGGUGGGGUGGGGUGGGGUGGGGUGGGGGUGUAACGGGCUCUCCAACAUUAGGGGAUCAAAAGUCUACUAUUCUGCGCAUCUCAUUUUGCACCAGAAAGGUCUGCAGUGCGAUUGGUUUGGACGGCACGGCUCUCCUGUGUUCCCGCUAGCUCCCGCCCACUCCAGCACCCAAAGAGCUGAUUGGCUGAGAUGAGGGCAGGGGGAACACCAAACAGUGUAGUGCACUGGAGAUCCGAGACUGGUGCUGAAAGCUGAUUGUGUCUGCAGAGCAUUGGCACGCCGCUGCACCCUAGUGUCCGGGAGGAUGAAUGCGGUGUAUUUUGGGCCGGGGCUUCAUGGAAGGUUUGAGGGAUGGAGAAUUAUUCCUACGUCAUAUACAAAUAGCUUUGCCUACGUCACAUGACGGCACACAGCGGGGCUCAGUGAAAUAUGAUUUUUGGUUAUGAAAUUUGUUUCUGAAUGUGAAAAUGACUGGCUGAGGUAAUAAAGUGUAUUUAAUAGA